AUGUUUGGAGCAACCUGCAGUCAAAAAUGUGGUCAUUGUUAUGGUAAUACACAGUGUCAUCAUAUCAACGGCACAUGUCAAGCAGGAUGUUCUGCCGGAUAUGUUGGAUCUCUUUGCAACAAUAAAUGUGUGGGUGGAACCUACGGAUUGAUGUGUAACAAAACUUGUAAACUCUGUUCUGAUGGAUCAAAAUGUCACCAUGUGAAUGGUUCAUGCGUGAAUGAAUGUUCUUCAGGAUAUAAAAGUCCUUUCUGUAUCACAGAAUGUGACAGUGGAUUGUUUGGCGAUGGUUGCAGGCAGACUUGCGGUCAUUGUGUUGGUAACGUAGCGUGUCAUCAUAUCAAUGGUUCCUGUCUACAAGGAUGUUCUGCCGGAUACGAGGGUCCUGUUUGUAAGAAAAAAUGUGACGGUGGGAGAUAUGGUUUGAACUGUGCCAAGAGCUGUGGUCACUGUCGUGACGGCUCACAGUGUCAUCAUAUCAAUGGAACGUGCUUGACAGGCUGUUCUCCCGGAUACAACGGAUUACUCUGCAUUAGUGGUUAUUUAUAUUAA